CGAGACUUUACGUGACGACAUCGACGUCGACAUCACGUCAAGCGCCAGCCACGUUCAGCGGAGACGGGACCAAGAUGGCGAUUCCGGGCAGGCAGUAUGGGCUUAUUUUGCCAAAGAAAACACAGCAGUUACACCGUGUUUUGCAAAAACCAUCAGUGUUUGGGAAUGAUUCUGAUGAUGAUGAUGAGACCUCCGUGAGUGAAAGCCUUCAGAGGGAAGCUGCUAAGAAGCAGGCCAUGAAACAGACUAAACUAGAAAUACAGAAGGCUCUUGAAGAGGAUUCCACGGUGUAUGAAUAUGAUAGUAUAUAUGAUGAAAUGCAGAAAAAAAAGGAGGAAAAUAAUCCCAAAUUGCUUUUGGGAAAAGAUCGAAAGCCCAAGUAUAUUCACAACUUACUAAAAGCAGUUGAGAUCAGAAAAAAGGAACAGGAAAAAAGAAUGGAAAAGAAAAUACAGAGAGAACGAGAAAUGGAAAAAGGAGAAUUUGAUGAUAAAGAGUCAUUUGUGACAUCUGCAUAUAAAAAAAAACUGCAAGAGAGAGCUGAAGAAGAAGAAAGAGAAAAGAGGGCUGCUGCACUUGAAGCACAUCUGGAUGUAACGAAGCAGAAAGAUCUCAGUGGAUUUUACAGGCAUCUGUUAAAUCAAGCAGUUGGUGAAGAGGAAGUACCUAAAUGCAGCUUUCGUGAAGCCAGGUCUGAAAUAAAAGAAGAGAAAGCCAGGGGUUACUCUGAUGAAGUAAAUUCAGAGAACAGAAUACCACAACAAAACUGCAUUCUCCAAACUGGUGUGAAGGAUGAGGAAAACCCAGAUGCUGACAGUGAUUUUGAUAGUAAAAGCAGUGAGGAGGAUGAAAUGGAGGAAAAUAAAGUGAACUACAGAAAGGAAAAGGUCACAGAGACCUCCAAGAAUUACUCCAAGCAUCAUAGGAAUCAAACUCAUUCACACUCAUCUAGUGAAGAAAGAGGGCCUGGUGCCAAACACCACACCACAAGUUCCAAAUCAAGAGGGCAUGAGAAAAGGGGAGAUCAGCACCCAAUCAGGCAAUGCAGAGACCAGGAGAACCAUUGCAGUGACCAAGACCACCGAAAAGAAAAGGAUUCUUAUAGGCACCGAGAUACCAACCAUAGAGAUUCCCACUGGAAGAGGCAGGAGCAUGAAGAUAAACUGAGGAGAAGAGACCAUAGAGAGAAAAGUGACAGAGAAUGGCAAAGGGAGAAAUGCUCAAGAGAACAAGAAAGAGAUAGACAACGAAAUGAUCAUGAGAGACAUAGUGAGAAGGGAGAGAAGGAAGAGAAAGCUAAAAAAAAGGAAGAUGGCAUAAAAGGAAAGAAAGAAAGAUAUGAACAAAUUGACAAAUACAGAGAUAGGGAAAAACGAGAAGUAAAUGAAUCUUCAGAAAGAAAUCGAGAUAGAAAGGAAAAUAGCCCAAAUGUUAGGGCAAAAGAUGAAAUUCUUGACCAGCAAAAAUCAAGCAAAAUGAAAGACAGGGAAAAGGAUGAAGAAAGAAACCAAGAGAAACCCAUCUCUAGUUCUGAGAUGUCACUGGGAACUAAACACAGAUUAACAGAGGAAAGGCAAGAAAAGGAUAAGGAACAAGAAACACAAAAGGCUGUGAGCAAGUUUGCCAAGCGGAAUAAUGAGGAAACGCUAAUGUCAGCCAGAGACAGGUACUUGGCCAGGCAGAUGGCACGGAUUAAUGCAAAGACUUACAUUGAGAAAGAAGAGGAUUAAUACCUACCACAGUUGAAAGAUUUGUGGAAGCACAGAACAUUGUUACUCCUGGAAUUGACUUUGUAAAAACUAUGAAGGAGUAUAUGAACAGUACUUGGGAAGAAAUUCAUGUUUUUAUUCAGUCCUAAAUCAAAAGUCAGUCCUUUUAUCUUGAGUAUUUCUGUAUAUAUUUCUAUGUCAAUAAUACAUUGUUAGUUGUAUCCAAAAAUCAUAAGUGUGUGCUAAAUCUGCAGGUACAUGGGAAAAUUGGCUCUACUACAACUAACAAAAAUAAACUACUUUUCUAAUGAUA